CAAAAUCACAGCAAAACCCAAACUGCUUCACAACGACCAAGAAAAUGCAAUCCCAUAGAAGUCGCGUCGAUCGCCGGAGACACAAACGAGAGCCGUUGCUGGUCGUCGCACACACAAACGGAGAUGCCAAUAACUGGAUAGGUAAUCUCCCACGUCGAUUGCACACACAGUAACCACAGCAACGCUUCACACACAGAAAAGCUGGAGAAUCUUAGACUCAACUCCGGCCACCUACAGAGAAUCGACUCCCACCUGUGAAGGAAGUCAGAUACCGUUCUUCCCGAUUCUAGAACUCGAGAUGCCACCACAUGACUCAGUGACCAACGAAAGGAGCUCACGAUUCAACAAUCUCAGAGUUCUUUCGGCUUCUGGAGGGAUCAAGGUGGACCAUCCAAAGAUGAGUAAUGAUGUGGUUGUACUGGUUGCUGUAUUCAUACUAGUUGGUUUGUUUAGCAUGCAACACUAUGGCACAGACAAAGUUGGCUGGCUUUUUGCUCCUGUUGUACUGCUUUGGUUUCUCAUGAUUGGAGGUGUUGGCAUCUUCAACAUAUAUAAAUAUGAUAGCUCAGUCUUGAAAGCCUUUUCGCCUGUGUACAUAUAUCGAUACUUCAAAAGAGCAAGAAAAGAUGGUUGGACAUCUCUUGGUGGCAUUAUGCUCAGUAUCACAGGGACAGAGGCACUUUUUGCAGAUCUUGGCCAUUUUCCAGUUUCAGCUGUACAGCUUGCUUUCACAGUAAUAGUGUUUCCUUGCCUUCUUCUAGCCUAUUCGGGGCAAGCAGCCUACCUGAUGCAAAAUAAGGAGCAUGUGAUCGAUGCAUUUUAUCGUUCUAUUCCAGAUGGUAUAUACUGGCCAAUGUUUGUUGUUGCAACUUUGGCUGCUAUUGUUGCUAGUCAGGCCACCAUAUCUGCUACUUUUUCAAUAAUCAAGCAAGCCCUUGCCCUGGGCUGUUUUCCAAGAGUCAAAGUUGUACAUACAUCAAAGAAGUUCCUUGGGCAGAUAUACAUUCCAGAUAUGAAUUGGAUCCUUAUGGUUCUUUGUAUUGCUGCAACUGCUGGAUUUAGAAACAAAAGCCAAAUUGGGAAUGCUUAUGGUACUGCUGUCGUGAUUGUCAUGCUCGUGACCACUUUUCUCAUGACGCUAAUAAUGUUACUAGUUUGGCACUGCCACUGGAUUAUUGUCCUAAUCUUUACUGGCUUCUCUCUGGUUGUGGAGUGUACGUACUUCUCUGCAGUGCUUUUCAAGGUCGAUCAAGGUGGUUGGGUUUCCCUCAUGAUUUCUGCUGCCUUUCUCGUCAUCAUGUAUGUCUGGCAUUAUGGUACAAUCAAAAGGUAUGAAUUUGAGAUGCACAGCAAGGUCUCAAUGGCUUGGAUUCUAGGGCUUGGCCCCAGCUUGGGGCUGGUUCGUGUACCAGGAAUAGGGCUUGUGUACACAGAACUAGCUAGUGGUGUACCACAUAUUUUCUCACAUUUCAUCACCAACCUACCAGCAAUACAUUCUGUGGUAGUCUUUGUGUGUGUCAAGUACCUUCCCGUAUACACAGUUCCGGAGGAAGAGAGAUUUCUUGUGAAACGUAUAGGACCAAAGAACUUUCACAUGUUCCGUUGCGUUGCAAGAUAUGGUUACAAAGACCUUCACAAAAAAGAUGACGAGUUUGAGAAGAAGCUCUUUGACAAUCUCUUCACAUUUGUUCGGCUUGAGUCCAUGAUGGAAGGGUGUUCCGACUCUGAUGAAUACAGCUUAUACGGACAAGAGACUCAACAGUCAAGAGAUUUUUUGUUGAAAGAUAAUGUCCGUACAUAUACAUCAAGUAACGAUCUCUCAAUUUCAUCGGUGGACUCCAUCGUGCCUGCCAAAUCUUCAAUGCACAAGACCGUAACAUCACCAGGGCGACAGACGGAGUUUGAUGAAUUGGAGUUUUUGUCUAGUUCUAGGGAUGCUGGGGUUGUGCACAUCCUUGGGAAUACAGUAGUUAGAGCAAGUAGGGAAUCUAGGAUUUAUAAGAAGAUAGCUAUUGAUUAUAUAUAUGCAUUUCUUAGGAAGAUCUGCAGGGAAAAUAGUGUAAUUUUUAAUGUACCUCAUGAAAGCCUUUUAAACGUAGGGCAGGUUUUCUUUGUGUGAAUUGAGUUUUGUUGACAGUUGAAAUCAUCAAAUUUGAUUAUUAGAACUUGACGUUCUUGAA